UUUUCUUUUUCGUUCUCCUCUUUUGGAUUCGUUUAUGAGCGAGGAGGAGGAGGAGGAGGAGGAGAAGGAGAGGGGGAAGAGCUUAUCCUCGCCGCCGAAUCCGCCGCGUCGCGGAGAAGCCGAAGCGGAAGCGGCGAUUGCGUCCCCGUUCGCCUCCGCGGCGCCCUCCUCGUCUCCAGGGAUGGGGGAGGCGGAGGCGAGUUGCAGGGGAGAUCCCUCCGAGGGAGAGGCGUCAAUGCGCGCGUCCCCGGAUACGGCGGCGCAAGAAUUCGCCGCAGCCGCAGGCGAUGGUUGCGGCUACGGCGGCGGCAGCGCCAGACGCCGUGAAGAGGUGUUGGAUGGAAGAGAUGAUGAGGGAAACAUAGCAUGCUCAGCUUUCGAGCCGGUAAGGGUUUCAAUAGGAAGCAAUGUUGGUGGUUCUGAGGAGAAGAGAGGUUGCCCUCCUUGUUGUGAUGAAAUUAAGAGUUUUGUAAAAAUAAUUAAAGGGCCGAGUGAGGAGGAAGAAGGGUGCAAAGAGCCUGUUGCUGAAGAGGAAGAAAAGAGCUCUCUUGGCUCAGAAUUAGGCCAUGCAGAUGAGGUUCUCAGGAUAGAUAAUGUGGGUGUUACCGAUGACUGUUCGGCGUGUGGUUUCAGUUCAUUGGUCGAGCGGAAUAUGGUAGGCGACAACACCGUUAACGGGGAUCUGAAGAUUGCUAAAGUUGAAGAGAGCGAGCACUUUCAACGUGCGCCGGUAGACGACGGGCAGACGGUGGUAGACGACAAGACCGUUAAUGGGGGUCUGGAGGUCGCUAAAAAGGAAGAGAGCGAGCACUUUCCACAUGUGCCGCUUUCGAUUACUUUGGAAGGAGAUGGAUUGGCCCAUUCUUCUUCCGGCGCUGUUGUCGGAUUAGAAGGUAAUUAUAUAGUUAAAUCAUUUGAUGAAAAUAGUAAUGGGUGUGACAUGCAUGCCGGUUUUUAUUCAGAAGAGACCAACAGGCAGGCGAAUGAGUUUGUCGCCGACCUUCCGACAAAUAUUUCUCCUUCAGUCGGAGAUGAUGUUUCUCUUCAAGAAAGAGGUGAACAAUUAGAUAGAGUUGAUGCCAGCGCGAUAAAUGUAAAGACAACUUGCACUGACAAUUUAACUGAGCCUUUUGGGCAUGUCAAUGCUGGAGAAUCUAUGGGGCCAAGACGUUUACCUUUAAUUGUCUUUAGGCGAACAAAUCCUAAACGCGCUGCUUCUUUGUGCAAUACUUCUUCUAAUGAAAAUUCCAAUCAAUUGAGCGGAAAAAGGAAAAUUACAAGGAAAAAUAGGAAAGAGGUUGGCAUUGCUGUACCACUCUUAAGCAACAUCAUUAAGAUCCCAAACCAAGUUACAAGGAAAAGAAGUUACUCCCGAAGACAAUCGCCACAAAGUUCUGCUUGGGGAAAGAUUGAAAAUUUAUCAAAAAUUUUCAUUCAAAAUCAGGAGCUUUUGAUGCAUCUGCCAGAUUCUGUUCAGCUGCAGGGCAGAAGGUCGAAGAAAAGUAUCUCUGGUCAUAGUUUAAAAAGAUGCCAAACCAGCUGGAGAAAUAAAAAUUUCAGGUCCUCAAAGACGAAAUCUGCUGCUUUGACCAAUUCAAUUGAUGCAAAGGAUCAAAUGAAUCUGGAAUCAGCCUUUCCUGUUUCGGUCGAUUUGCAUGCUUCUUUACAACCAAAUACCUGUGAUAACAUGCCAAAUUUGAAUCAGAAUGCAACUUUGCUUGUUUCUGAUGAAAUUGGAAAGGCUACGAAUGUUGAAGUAAAAUUGCUUCAAAGGGAUGGGCUGCAACUAGAGAGGGACUUGGAAAGUAGUUUGACCCAGGAAACAUGUUCAGAUUACAUUCUGGGUGAAAGCAAUGGAGUUUCAUCUCAUACAGGUUCUGGACUAACUUUGGGAAGCGUAAGGGGCAUGUUAGAUCCAGGUUCAUCUCCUGACUCUGAUCUUUAUAAUCCAGUCAUGGAUAUAGGUAGCACUCCAGCUAUCCAAGAUGUUGUAACACUCCAGGGCUCAGUUGUUCCUGAUCUGACGGUCGAAGAUGGUUUUUGUGCUACUAAUAAAGCUGUUUCAAGUCCAGCGUCAGCUUCAUCAUUUGAUUUAGAACAGAAAACCACUGAUACAAGAGGGAAAAAUAGCAAGAAGAGUCACGGAUUUAGAGCACCUGUUACUGAGGAAAAGUUGCAAGGAUCCCAAAAGCUGAAGAAGGCUAAGAAUCCUAAAAGUUUAUGUAGGCAUAAGUGCAAAAAGAAAGAUAGAUCUAAAGUAAGCAAUUUGAACUCGACUGAAUUUUUAUCUGGAAAAUGUUCAGAAGGUAAAAUUCUUCCUGCUGAAUCGUCUGUCCUUGGACUGCCUGAGAACGAAUGCUUUCCAGAACCUACAAAACUGGAAUGUUGUGCAGAGGGAAUUGAUGAGAAAUCUUCAUUAACUGAUAGAAUCGAAGAAAAUAAAUCUUGCAGAAGUACCAAAUCAAAGGUGGGUAAAGGCAAAUCAAGCAAACUAGAGUCUUCAAGGCGCAGAAGACAAAACUGUGAUGGAAAAAGGAAAGUAAAUGUCCGCAAAGAAGUAAAUGGUGCUAAGUCAAAUGAACUAAACGGUGAGCCUAAUCAUAGAAGAGGACCUGUAUUGAAGGAUCAAUUGACCUACUCUGUGGUUAAUAUUGGAGAUAAAGUACCUCUUGGUGAAACUGCUAGUAUUCUCGAGGGACAGUCUUUACGGCCACGUGUUGCAUGGGUCCUCUGCGAUGAUUGUCAAAAAUGGCGUUGUAUACCAGCUGCACUAGCAGAUAUAAUUGAUGCAACAAACUGCGGAUGGACUUGCAAGGACAAUGCAGACAAGGCAUUUGCUGACUGCUCAAUACCACAAGAGAAGACAAAUGCGGAGAUUAAUGCUGAGUUGGACCUCUCGGAUGCUUCUUGUGAUGAAGAUUCAUCUAAGUUGCAACCUAUAUCUAAAGGAAAUAAGCCUUUAAAAUCAGCUGCUUCCCAGCCGGCUUCUUGGACACAUAUUAAGUCAAACUUAUUUCUGCAUCGCAGCCGUAAAACUCAGACUAUUGAUGAGACAAUGGUUUGCCACUGCAAACCUCCUGAAGAUGGCAGAAUGGGUUGUGGAGAAGAAUGCUUGAAUCGGAUGCUUAACAUAGAGUGUGUUAAAGGAACCUGUCCCUGUGGCGAUCUCUGCUCAAAUCAGCAGUUUCAGAAACGUAAUUACACUAAGUUCAAGUGGUUUCGCUGUGGGAAGAAAGGCUUUGGGCUACAAUUGCUAGAAGAUGUAUCUCAGGGCCAGUUUCUUAUCGAAUAUGUUGGAGAGGUUCUUGAUAUACCUACUUAUGAAGCCCGACAAAGAUAUUAUGCUUCUAGAGGUCAGAAGCAUUUCUACUUCAUGACGCUAAAUGGUGGUGAGGUAAUAGAUGCAUGUGCUAAAGGAAACUUGGGGAGAUUUAUCAAUCAUAGUUGUGAGCCUAAUUGCCGCACAGAGAAGUGGAUGGUAAAUGGAGAAGUCUGUAUUGGAUUAUUCGCAAUACAUGAUAUCAAGAAGGGUGAAGAGGUGACUUUUGAUUACAAUUAUGUUCGCGUAUUUGGGGCUGCUGCCAAAAGAUGUGUCUGCGGGUCUGCUGAAUGCCGAGGAUAUCUUGGUGGUGACCCAUCAAACAGUGAAGUUAUUGUUCAGGGUGAUUCUGAUGAAGAGUAUCUCGAACCUGUAAUGAUUAAUGAAACUGGUGAAAAAGAGCUCAAUGUGCUGGAUGCUGCUUUUGAUGCUGGUAGUGAUAUUAAUGUUGUGAAACAAGAAGAGAUUUCUAUACAACAAGAGUGCAUGCUAAAUAAAUCUGGAGAAAUUUCAGAUAAUUGUCAACAAUCUAGAGAAAUUGUGUGCAUUGAUAAUAUAGACACUGAAACGGCUAUUAGAACUCCUGUAUAUAAUAUUGAAGCAGUGGAGUUAUCUUUGGAAACAUCGGAUCCUUUGAAUGAAGCUGCACCUGCUACUCCUCCAUAUAGAAGCGGUUUGAUAAUAGCCCAUUCUUCUGAUGAUAAACAAAUUGAAUCAAAGUCUGAUCCUGUUCCAAAAUCAUCAACACCUAGUGGUCCAACGAAGAAGAGCAAGUCAAGUGUGAAAACUAAAAUAUCACGUGGAGCUAAAAAAUUAUUGUCAUCUUCUGGUGGUGGACACUUUGAUGGAGUUGAAGGAAAACUUAAUGAGUUGUUGGAUACGGAUGGAGGUAUUAGCAAGCGAAUAGAUUCUACGAAAGGAUAUUUGAAGCUUUUGUUUGUAACAGCAGCAGAAGGAGAUAGUGAUGGACGUGCAUCCCAAAGUACAAGAGAUCUCUCUUUGAUUCUUGAUGCGCUUCUAAAAACAAAAUCUCGCUCGGUUUUGGUGGACAUAAUUAACAAGAAUGGUCUGCAAAUGCUGCAUAAUAUAAUGAAGCAGAACCGAAACAACUUCAACAGAAUUCCUAUUAUCCGAAAGCUUCUUAAGGUUUUGGAGUUCUUUGCACAAAAAGGGAUUCUUACGCCAGAACACAUUACUAGAGGUCCUCCAUGUAGUGGAAUGGAAAGCUUUAAGGACUCAAUAUUGAGUUUGACGAGGCAUAACGACACUCAGGUUCAUCAGAUUGCUCGGAGUUUUCGAGAUAAAUGGAUUCCUCGUUCAAUAAGAAGAGUUGAGCCAUCGGACAGAGAUCAUGCGCAUUUAGAUUCACCGCACUCCUACUCUAAUUGGUUUCAAUCACCAUUAUACAAAUGCCGAUAUGACCAGAGCGUUAGAGACUCUGAUGCAAUCAUAUGUGUUAGUGGUGCAGCUUACCAACCAACACCUACAUGCGCAAAAGAAGUCUUGGGAGGGAACCCUUCGAACCCUAAUCAACUAGUCUCCAAUUGUGGUCCCACUGAUAGCUAUCCUACAAGAGUAAGGAAACGUAAAAGUCGAUGGGACCAAGAUUCGCCAAAUGUGUCGUCUUAUGAAGAUCAAUGCUCAAAGUUGAGGAAAAUUUCUUCUGGGGUUGAAGUAAUAAAUGACAAGACACAGGCAGAGAGAGAAGAAAAGAGUUGUUUUGAGGAAGCUGCAAGUUUGAAGGGCUCGAUUCCGGAAAACAUGGAGGAAGAAGUGCCACCUGGAUUUGGGUCUCCUAGAAAAGGCGCUUCUUCGGGAAGUGCAUCUGCUCUAGGAGAAGUUAGUAUGGGGCAUCCCCAAGAAAGAUAUCUUCCCCAGUUGAGCAUAUCAUAUGGCAUCCCUUUGACCCUAAUUCAGCAGUUUGGAACGAUAGAUGCGGAAGCUGCGUGUUGGAAAGUUGCACCUGGAAUGCCUUUCCAUCCUUUUCCACCUUUGCCCUCGUAUCCGCGAGGCGAACUGACUACUAUAACUUCAUCACAAACAUCUAAUUCUGAUAACGUGACGCAGUCAGCAAAUCAAAAUUACACAGGUGAAAGGCUGGAUAGAGGCGAAAGAGAGAGAGGACGCUGGUCCUCAAACCGGCCUGGAAGAACAUUUUUCCGCUCGUGGAGAGGGAACAAUCAGAAAUUUCAUCGAUGUUGGUCCACUUGGCCUCGAGAAGGUAACGAUGGCGGGUUUAGAGGUAGAUACUGAUCCCUAGUUUUUCUGUGUAGGGGAAAUUUGAGCAGGGGUAUAGAAGGGAAUUCCUGUUUCAUAAGGUGUAAGAAAAAAAAAAUGAUCCUAGGUUAAAGCUCUCUUUAGCUAGUAUACCGUAACCAUUGGUGUUAUUUGAUAAGCUGAAAAAGUUAGAAUGAAAGCGGGGCGAAAGGUGCUCCUUUCUUUGUAAUUCUUUUACAUGGUGGUAUUUGCGGGUUUAUGAUUUUAUCAUUAACUCAGUUUAUGUUGUAAACUCAGUGAGAAUGAUUGGUUCAGUUUGAAUCGUACAGGGUAAUUCAUUUCUGUCCAGUGAACUUGUUGUUUCUC